CAGCGCUCUCAGAAGGCGGAUGAGUUUUGGUCAGAAGAAGCCGCCGUUGGGGGGCGUGGCGACGCAGCCGCAGUAGAAGCCGUUCGCGUGCUAGUAAUCGCCCCUGUGCUUCCGUGAUUCACUAUGGCGCAGCCGGUUUCUCUCAAUCUAAAUAACGAGGUUGUGAAGAUGAGAAAAGAAGUGAAGAGAACACGAGUUUUGAUCAUCAGAAAACUUGUCAGGAGUGUUGGCAGACUGAAGUCAAAAAAGGGGACUGAAGAUGCACUGUUAAAAAAUCAAAGACGAGCACAACGAUUGCUUGAAGAAAUCCAUGCAAUGAAGGACAGUGAAGUGUUGAAUGUGAUAGUCUUGUCUCAAUAUGAAGAGAGGCACAGGAACGAAUUGAAACCUGAUACAGUAACUAAAUCUGCUCUUGGUGAAGAUAUCAGCUUUGAAAAGAUCUGCAAAAAGCCCGAUUCUACUGCAUCUGAAAGAGCAAUUGCCCGACUAGCUGAACACCCUUUUCUGAAGAAAAAAAUAGAUACACUGAAAGCUGCUGUCCAGGCAUUUAAAGAUGCAAGACAAAAUGGUACUGAAGUUAAGAAUACCACAGAAGAAAAUCAUUCUAAGAACACUUUAUAUUCAGUUGACGAAGAAAGUAAGUCACAACGUGAAACAACUAAGAUCACUGAUCAGAAAGGAAAAGAAGCUAAAAUACAGGCAAAGGAACUAAUAAAUAAUUCAAAAGAAAAAAAGCCCAAGAUGGAACAUGGACCCAAAGCAGUGAACAUUUCCAGUUCUCUGUCGAAGCUUUUAGAAAAGGAGUCUGUAGCUCCCUCGGAGUCCCAGAAGACACCUGCUGACCCACACAUGAAAGCGUUAAGUCACGUAGAGAAAAAGAAAGGGUCAGAUAGCUUGCGUGAUGAUAACAGCGAUAGCCAAGAAGACUUAUGUGAAGAAGAAGAAAAGGAGUAUUUUGAUGAUAGCACAGAGGAGAGGUUCUACAAACAGUCUUCCAUGUCUGAAGACAGUGAUAGUGGUGACGACUUCUUCAUUGGGAAGGUCAGGCGAACCCGAAAGAAGGAAAGUGGUUGCUAUACUUCGGCUGCGGAGCACAAACCUCUCCAACAAGUGUUACCCAAAGAAGACAUGCGUGCAACCCACUGGGAUGGGGAUGUAAGAAAUGACAAAAAUAAGCCAAGUACGGAGGCCAGGAAGUUUGAAUCAGUGUUUUUUCACUCUUUAUCUGGAUCUAAAAGUUCUAGAAGAGAGUAUAGAGAACAAGCUCCAAAAAGCAAAGUCUCAGAUUUUCCAGAAAAUGAACCUCCAGUUAAGAACCAGUUUAAGAAGAACACACAAAGAAGACUUGAAAAUACAAAACAUCCAUUAAACGUGCCUCUGCAUCCUUCAUGGGAAGCAAGCAGAAAGCGAAAAGAACAGCAAUCUAAAAUUGCUGUGUUUCAGGGGAAAAAGAUUAUAUUUGAUGACUGAUUAGUCCCUUUUUUUUAAUGAACUUUCUACCUAAAAUAUUGCUUCCCUUUUUUUCCCUAACCUGUUAUUUCAAAAUUUUUUUUAUUCUCUUUGGAUGACUUAUAGAUGUUUGCUCUUUAUUUUUUAAGUGAGUUUGUGUUUACAUAAAUCUUUUAUAAAUUGAGUACAUAAAUAAAUUCAUUUUUAACAGUAUCCCCCAGGUUAUUUUUUCUGUAAGAAAAUCUGGCAGUUGUAGCAAUUAAGCUUUUCUCAUUUGGGCUUAUGAAGUAUAUUUUCAUACUUCAGCUUUGACAUAUCAAGUUGUAGUUAAAAUAAUGAUGGAUACACAUAGAAAAUCAUAAUUAUUUAAAAUAGAUCACCUUUCAUAUAAGUUAUUCUUGUUAGCAACCCAAAAUAAUAACUCUUAUUCUGGAUAUACAGAUAAUAUUAUGUAAAUAACUUUUAAUUAUACUUUUAAUUAUUUGUGUUCCUAUUUUCACUACCCUAAAAUAUUUUUUUUCAGCACAGUAUUUGUUAAUUAUAUCUCUGUCAUUUAGGCGAACUGUUUAAAAACACAGCAAAAAAUCAGUUUUACAUUUUACUGUAUAAAAAUCAAGAAUGUAUACCAGGCUAUUUGACCAUUUAGUCUCAUAGAAGCAUUCUUUGAAGAAUCAUAGAUUAUAAUUUGUAGAACAAAUUCUAGAAGGAGGGAAAUUGAAAGCCUUUCCACUGAUGGCUGAGUGGGAAAGUUAUAAGUUUACUCCCAGAGGAGGGGCAUAUAUAUAUAUAUAUAUAUAUAUAUAUAUCUCGAGAGAGAGAGACAAUAGGAUACUGUUAUUUAAAGGGAAAACAAGAGUUUACACUUACCUUCAAAUGUCAUGCUUUGUAAUACUCUGUCAUUGAUUAAACAGUGAUAACUAAAUCCUGUGUUUAUUUUUUUAUGUUAGUGUUAAUAAUGGAAGGGAAGGUCUUCUGGUUAGCCUGAAUAUAACAGUUUUCAAGAGUUGUCUCUAUCUCUUUAAAUGUUUAAAAGUUUAGAUUACUAGAAAAAUGGAGUUGAAGAGAUUAUGCAGAAAGAAAAUUGUUGUGUUUACUUUUUGUUUUCAGAUAAUUUCUCAGUGAUUAAAAAAUGAAAGAAUGUCUCUGUACCAACCCAAAAUUUGUCAAACUAUAGGUUUGAGAGCUCUGUUUCCAGACUGCCAGGUCUGCCCAAGACUUCUUGCCGCAACCAAAAGAAAUUAAGGAAUGUUGCUUUUUUUGGCUGCCAAAUUUGACUACAUAGAAAGUACUGUUGGACUUUUUUCAAGAUUGCAGUAAAGUUACUUAAACUCA